AUGUCAGCUUAUAUCAUCCCUCCAUAUAUCCUCCACACCAGCUUAGGGGCCAAGCUCGAGAAGGUGUUGAAGGAGAAGGAUCAUGAAUUGGCAGAAUCAAACUCAGUGGCAUUAAGUGGGGGUGAAGAAAUUGUAAUUGAACAACCUGCUCAGUAUAAGUUCUCCUCCGAUAAUGGCAUUCAUACCAUCAUUAAAGAGAAAUUGUUAUAUAAACUUGGAAUUAUGGGGGUUUUAGGGACAUCUCUCAAACCUCCUGACCAAUACACCGACGAGGAAACGUUUGAAUACUUUGAAAUCUUCAAACAUCGGUUAUUAUCGGAAGAUAAGGAUGAUAAGAAAUUCAACGCCUCCCGUUUUGGUGAAGUUAUCGUCAGUCAUACGCCUAUAGGUGACAAAUAUAAGAAGUUUAUGGAUUAUACGCUUAAGGAGUUAUUGUUGGCAUCGAAAUUAGAGACCGAUGGUAGUAAAAAUACCGUUCCUCCGUUUUUCAAGAUUGGUGAUGAUUACUUCAAUUACUCAUUACCCAGUACCUGGGUAUCGUUGACCCCUGCGGUGUUUGUAAACAAGUUAACAGAACAUGUGGAUUUGAAUAUCAACCACAAUGAUGGGUUUUGUAACCUUCAAUUCAAAACUAUUGGAGGUAAUGUUGAUAAUAAUGGUAGAAAUAAGUAUUUGAACUUUAUCACCAAUAAUCCUAUCCCGUCAUCCACCGGGAUCUUCUAUUAUGAAGUAGAGAUCCUUCAACAUUGUACAGAUGCCACUGACCAUAUCCCAUUGUUAUCCAUUCAAGAUUCAACCAUCUCUUCCAAUCAAUCACCUCAAUUCAAUCUUGGGUUCGUUAAACGUCACGUGAACUACGAUAAACGACUCACAGUGAUCAAUGAAGCUACCAAAUUCAUCGUUGACCUUGAAGAUGUCAAAAAGGAGUUGGUUCUUAAUCAAGAUGACGUCAUAAAUAGACCUUUGAAUAUGAACUUCGAGCAUCUUUUAGAUUCCAGACCAGGUGAAUUCAAAGAUAGUUUGGCUUUAGAUCUUAGUGAUGGUUAUUUCUAUAAUUCCAUUAAAGAUGGUGAACCAAGGCAUACUAUCCUUAAUAUGAAUCGAAGAUUAUCGUCAUUCACACGACAAUUGGAUGAAGAUUCUAGAAUCAAUACCGAUAUUAACUUCUCUACGGUGGUACAAAAACAACUGGAUGUUAAGAUUCUUAAAUCCGAUAUUAUUGGUAUGGGAGUUAACUAUAUAACCAAAUCAAUGUUCAUUACUUUGAAUGGUGUGUUGAUCAAAGAGAUCAAUCAAGAAGAUAUUGAAGGUACUAAUCUUACCAGAGAGAAUUUGUUUGAUGAAGAGAUUUAUCCUAUGAUAGGAUUCAUGGUGAAUGAGGUUAAAAUCACUAAACAGAAGGAACCAACAGAACUUGUGAUAAAGACUAAUUUGGGGUUUAAGGAUUUCGAAUUCAAUAUCAAUCAUUAUGUAUUGAAAUGUAAAGAUCACAAUUCGAAGAAAUUGGACUUAUCAUUGGUUCAAAGUUCACCUAAGAAAGAUUUGAAUGAACUUAUCAAGGAGUAUUUAAACGUUGAAGGAUACAUUGAUACGUUUAAAGCCCUCAAUUCGGAUUUGGCCGAACUUAAUCAAUUUACGGGAUUUCCCGAUUUGGAUAUUGAACCUAUUGAUGGUACAAACAGGAAUCAUUUAAAACGGUUCUUUAAAGAGUAUGAGUUUGACAAGAUUUUAAGUCUUUUGGAUGAUCAGUAUAAUGAAGUGUUUGGUGAUGAAGGAGGUAAAACUAUCAUUUUUGACAUCAAAAUCAACCAUUUAAUGUUCAGAUUGAAUAAACAUAUCGAUAAGGUAUUAGCUGGAGAGGUUACGGACAUAGCGGAUCUAUGGACAUCGAUUACAGCUUUGAAUAGUGAGUAUAAAGGAGAUCAUGAUAAAAUGGAGAAAAUCAAACAAUAUUCAGUUUUCAUUCUCAUAAAGGAUUCUAAGGGUUUGGGGAAUUUACCAGGAUACAAGAAACUCCGACAAUUAGACGAAUUGAAUCAACAGUUAUUCAGUAAAGUCAAUAAGAAGAUUCUCAAAUCACGGAAUUUUAAAGAUAUUUCCGGUCUUGAAAGUAUCGUCACCACAGUUGAGAACAACAUCAAAGACCUCAACUUACAAUAUUGUGAUAACGACUUUGCAUUGAUCAAUUUUGAACGAGAUAAAUUGGAUUUAUAA